AUAUUUUAUUUACACAAAAACUGGAGACAGAGUCGACAGUCAUGCAAUAUUCAUUUUUCGACUGAAAAUUACCGGCAAAAUCUAAAUUUUAAAGGAUUUACACAACACGCUGAAAGCAGAGCAAAACCAAAAUGAUCGGUAGAAUACCAAUCUGCCGUAGACCCAUUCACUAUUUGGGAUUCCUGCGUCCUUUUCUGAGAUCCGCUCAGAUAUCGCCCAUCGCGGAGCGUCGCCUUAAACAUGGAAUGGAGGACUCCGGAGAGGAGUCAUUGGCCAAGGCCCGCACUCGCCUGCGACAGGUGAAAAGUAUUAAAGUGCGACAGGGAUUUUGUAAGAAAGAAAACCCAGCCAGGGAUGGUGCAGCGACUAGCGGCCUGAUGACAGAAAACGUGGGGCAUGCGAAGGAGGAAUCAAUGAGUGAGGCAAAGGAUGAAUUGACGAGUGAGGCAAAGAAUGAUUCUAUGUGUGAGGAAACAAAGGUGUCCUUGAGUGAUUCGAAGAAUGAACCCAUUAGUGAAACUAACGACGCACCUCAAAGUGAUGCCAAAGACGAACCCUUCACCACCGAGAUCCCCCAAGAGCGUAGGCAGGAGUCUCCCUUCGAGUGCAGGCCGGAGCUUCCUAUGAAGGGGCAGCCGGCCACUCCCACACAACCAUUACCAGCCGUGGUAAAUCCCAAGAAUCCCUAUCCCGUAGUGACAUGUCAACAGGAUCACGAUGCUGCUCCAUCGAGCUCUGAAGAACCCGAAGGUAAAGUGAAGAUAUCUGGCAAGAUCAACUUUAAGGAUAGCUCUCAGUUGGACACCAAAGCAUUGAAUAUUCUCUCAAAUGAAGCACCGUCAACGAAAGGAGAGUCCAUGAAUGUUUGGGCACAGUCCUAUGCCUCUGACGUCAUGGACCCCGCGAAGAAGAACUCCAACGUGGACUCAGCCGCCAAGGAAGCCAAAACGCAGAUCAUUUUGGAAUUUGAAACACGAGACUCAACAACAGAAGGAAAGAAUAGUCCAAGCUCUGAGAAACCGAAUGAGAUUGUAGAGGGAAAGCAGCAGAAGACCGAGGAGCUAUAUCCAACGACCCCAAAAGGAUACGAGAUUGGCUGUGUGAUAGAUGUUAGUGACAGAAUCCAGAGUUCCAGAGAUUUGGCAGGGAAGGCAGAACAAGCAGUGGAAACCAAUGUCCAUGAAGCUAAAAAUCUUGAAGAUAAGAUCCGGAAAUCCUCCACAGGAGUUAACGAAGAAAAACCUGCGAAAGCCAUCGAAGAAGUGGAAGAAACGAAAAAUAGCACAGAGAUCGAGAUCAAAUCUCCAACCAAUAGCUUACCCAUAAGGAUCGUAAGGAAUGAGGAUGAUUCACCUGUUGAUCCCCCGCCAAUUAUUACCCGAAUACCAUCAUCGGAGCUUAAGUCGGAUAAGGAUGCACCGCCAGAAGAGUCCUCUUCUUCGAAAUACAAAAGAAAUCUAGAGUUUAUACAGACCGAACCGGUGUUUACCAGCGAUGGGGAAAUGAAAUUGGUGGUACCCACAUCGGUGGACUUGAGUCCCGAGAAAUCUAUGAAGAAAGCAACAGAAAUGAAACCGGAAAUUGAAGAACUUCAAUCGAAGACAAACGAACUGCAAGCGGAGAUGAAAGAACUUCAAUUGGAGGCAACAGAACAGAAAUUGGAGGCAGCUACAAAUGAAUCAAAAUCAAAUGAACUCCAAUCGGAGAUGAAAGAACUUCAAUCAAAGGCAACAGAACAGAAAUCAGAGUCUACAGAAGCUGUUUCCGCGUCCCAGAUGGCUUCCCAAAAUACUCCCAAGUCCGCUGCAGAAAUAAUCUCCAUGCUGGAGCUCAAACAAAAAGCCAUGAAAUCCAUGUCCCAUGGCAGCACACUGGCUGAUACGCGAAUCAAAUCCACAUCCCAGAUAGUGGCGACAUUUGGCUUGAGACCCGAGCCUGGUCAAGGAUUUAGGGCCAAAGGAAUGCUUAACAAUACCGAGCUGGACAGACACGCUGAUGAAUAUUUUGCGAAGAUCAACGAACACGAGACGUCACAAUUGAAAAAAAAAAUGGAACCAGAGAGUAAAAUCGAAUCAGAAACCUCAAAAUUGGCGAAUAUAAUGGAACCUGAAAGCUCCCAAUUCCCGAAAACAAUUGAAGCUGAAAACUCCCAGUUAGAUAAUAAAAUGGAUGCAGAAACCUUCCUACCGGAAACUAAAGUGGGACAAGUAGAGACCCCAGAGGAAUCCAACAGAAAAGCUGAAGAAUAUUUUGAAAAUAUUGCCGAACUAGAGAUCUCGCAACUGGAUAGACAAAUGGAAGAAUCGAAGUCCUCCACGUUUGAGGAAUUAUCCGCCAUCUCAAAGGCUGAUGAAAGCUCAGAAUUGGAGACAAAAGUAGAAGAAGUGCAGAACCCAAACGAACCCAAGGAGUACACCACGUUCAAGGCCAUGGUGAAGGAGAGAAAAGCUGAGGAAUACUUUGCCAAAAUAAACGAAGCAGAAAUCUCACAGCUUGACGGCAAAAUAGAGCCUGAAAGCUCACAGUUGGACGGGAAAAUGGAAACCAAAACACAACAGGAAUCAAAGACUUUCGAGGUUAUGUCCACAGGGGGGAAAAAGGAGCAAACAGGCGACACCGUCUUAAAGGAGACGUCAAAGGAAAUUAAUCCAGACGAUGACAUAGACGACAAGAAAGUUGAGGACAAAAAGGAGCUGCCAUCGGAUAGACCUCUCUUUGUGCCUGCUGACGACAAGGAUAGGCUAAUAGAAAAAAGUGCACUGACAGGAGGAGAUCUCUACAAGCCCCAAUCGGAGGAUCCUAUGUCCGAUGAUUAUGAUUAUGAUUCAAAGUCCACCACAGAUAAAACCGAAACGAAGGAGAAACCAAGAAGUAAACCCAAGCUGGAGGAUGGAGAGCUAGAUGUCAAGCUGUUGGUUCCGGACGAAACCACCAAGACUGCCAGCGGGAUUCCUGAGACGACUGCAGCACCAGCGAAACAGAACUUUGUUCAAUUUAUUUUUGGGAAGAUAUUUCGCCAAGGAAAGAAGACCCCACCAACAGACAGAACAAUGUCCACCGAUUGCCAGAGGCGAGACCUGAACACAAGCUCUACUCUGCUUUACCCUGAGCAUGAUGACAUACUUGACGAUCCGCACAGUCCAGAAGUGGACAAGGUAAUCAAUCCAGACGAUAAGGAUUUCAUUUCGCCAGAUCUUGAAAGACAGGGUCUGGGGGCCAGAACAAUACACGAGGAACGCUAUGAUCAACCCCAGGCCAUGAAGAAGGACAAUCCGGUGGGUGUUUGGUCAAUCAUCAAAUUAAAGGCUCCUUUGAAUACUCAGCCAUCAAAGAAGAUGAGCAUGGCCAUGCCCAUGUUGCGGUUUGCCAGCGAUGACAAAGGUUCCCUCAAGAUACGCAGCGGUUCCCCCCAAUGCAAAAACCAGGAGAAGACAACCCAUGAAGAGCUAAGGGAAAAGAAGGAGAAUCAAGAAAAUAAAUCGAAAAAGAUGGAC